GACCAUACAGAAAGUAUGCAAGUUCAUAACCUUGACCUUAACACAACAGCUUUGCCUAUAAAUAAAAAAAAAAAAGGUAUUGACACAAUGUUAUUUCAUGUCUUGUUUGUCUCGUAGCCUUGGCUCGUCUGUAACCUGACACAGCAAAUGCAGUGUAACAAUUUAACCCAGUUAAGCAAUAAAGGCUUCACCAAGAAAAACAAUAUGUUGCAGAAAAGACAAAUGUAAAAAGGAAAGUGAAAAAAAUCACUACCAGAAAUUCUCCAAUUACUGAGGGAAUCAUCCCCAAAUCUGUUUAUUAUGGGAAUAAAUCUACUUCAACAUUAGAUAUCUGCAAUAUUAAGUAUUUUAUGAUAAAAUAUUGCUGGAUGCACUUUUCUGUUGUUGUUGUUGUCAUUGCACUAGUCCUUUGUCCCACAGACCAUUUUCAUAAUCUAGGUCUGCUACCUCUCAAGAGCAGCCAUAACCAAGAGGUUAAAAAAACUUGGCACCAUACAUAUCACAUGUACUCUCCCAAAACAUACUCUAAACAGUCGGGUGUGGGGUGACUGUUAAAGGAAGGGAGCUAAAGUGGUCUCAGUGCAAACAAGUGUCAAGUGUGCUACACUGAACAUUAAGAAAAACCGUUCAACUUUUUUGUCAGAUACAAUUAAGAAAGAAAAAAGGGAAAAAACAUUGGAAUCCAUCAUGGCAUCUGCCAGUGUGUCCAUGCCGGGUGCCACAGGCACCAGUAUGGAAUUUGCUGACUACAGUCUCUAUAGCAACCUGUCUGAUGAUGAGCUCUUACAGCUGGCAAUUCAGCGCAGUCUUACUGAUGCCCAUAGCUCUGUGUCUGGGACUGAAAACACAGAGCCUAUUGCUGCUCUGAACAGGCCAGCAUCAUCACGCCCAGUUCCACCAUUGCGUUUUCCUCAGCAACACCAGCAGCAGCAGCAGCAGCCUGCACCAAUUGCAUGCCCUGCCAAUCCCCCCAGAGAAAUAAUAAAUCCAGAGGCUGUGUUCUCAGAGAGUCACUUCAUUACUGGCUAUGGCAAGCGAAUGGUGGCAUACCGAAGAUAUGAUGGCUCUAUCCAGGUCACACCUGAGCCUGAAGAGGGGAUGGAGCCAAUUGUUAAGGCCAUUUGGGAUGGAGAUGUUGAAACAGUGAGACUAUUGGUUAAGAAACCUGAGUGCAGCCUCCUUACACCAAAUAAAUAUGGAUGGAUUCCUUUGCAUGAGGCGGCAUAUUAUGGACAAGAUCAAUGUAUUAAAAUUCUCCUGAGAGCUCAACCUGGGAUGAUUAAUCAGCGCACUUUGAAGGAACAGACUGCUUUAAUGUUAGCUGUUGCCAGGAAUCAUCUUGCAUGUGUGGAGAUUCUACUUGAGAAAGGGGCUGACCCUGAUAUUGCCAAUAAGGACAAGGAGACUCCCCUUUACAGAGCUUGCGAGAAGGAGAACCCAGCAAUGGUUGUCAUGCUACUGAACUAUGGUGCCUCUGUGAAUAAGAGCUGUAUUCAAGGCUGGACUGCUCUGCAUGAGGCUGUGUGCAGAAACAAUGUGGAAAUCUGUGAGAUUCUGGUUAAAGCUGGAGCCAAAGUCAGCACACCCAAUAUGUAUGGAAUCACUCCUAUCUUUGUGGCAGCCCAAAGUGGAAAAGUGGACGCACUUCGCUUUCUUUUAAAAAAUGGUGCAGAUCUGAACAGCCAGGCUGCAGAUGGGGCCACAGCACUGUAUGAGGCCUGCAAGAAUGGCCAUGAGGAUAUUGUAGAGUUCCUGCUUUCUCAAAACGCAGAUGCCAACAAGCCUGGAAAAACAGGACUGUUGCCAAUCCAUAUUGCAGCCCAGCGUGGCAAUGAUGGCAAACACCUCCUCACUUACGGGUGUACCCACAAAAAUGUCAGGGCAACUAAGAUAGUAUCCAUGCUGAUCCCAGCCACAAGCAAGGCCAGAGUGCGGCGUUCCGGGAUCAGCCCCCUGCAUUUAGCAGCAGAGCGCAAUCGAGAUGAUGUUCUUGAGUUGCUGAUUGAGGCCGGCUUUGACGUCAACGCCACAUUCUCUGAGGAUCGCACUAAAAUGUAUGAAGAUCGACGCAGCACAGCUCUCUAUUUCGCUGUCAUAAACAACAACAUUGAGGCGACCACCAUGCUCCUGGAGGCUGGUGCAAAUCCAAACCUGGACACGUUCAACCCGCUCCUGGUAGCCCUGAGGCAGGGUUGCAUAAAAACCGUGACUUUGCUGGUGGAACAUGGUGCUAAUGUCAAUGCCUACAUUCCAACUCAUCCAACCACUUUUCCAGCCACUGUUAUGUUCUGCAUGAAGCACCUGACCUUAUUGAAAUAUCUGAUGGACAAUGGCUGCAAUGCCUUGUCAUGCUUCAAAUGUGUUUAUGGCAGCAAUCCUCAUCCACCUAUAAAGACGACACAUAAUCAAAGGCAUAACAGAGAUGAAAGUACUGAAAAGACCUGCAUUCAGUUCUGUGAGAUGAUCUCCACUGACAACUACUCACACUGGGCAGGACCGAUUAUAGACGUGCUACUUGACUAUGUUGGUAAUGUAAAACCCUGUGCAAGACUCACUGAACAUCUGGACAGUUACCCUGACUGGGACUGCAUCAAAGAGAAAGCAACACCUCCACGCCCACUGAUGCAGCUCUGCAGAUUUAAAAUCCGUGAACUGCUUGGUAUCAACAGACUAAAGAAAAUAAACAAGCUGCCAGUACCUCCAAGGCUGAUCAAAUUCCUAAACCAUCAAGAACGAGAACAAGAUUUGUGAGCCAACUUUUUAGUACUGAGUAAAUACAGAGAGAACAAAUACAUUAGAAAAAUAAAAUGUUUCUGUUUGCGGAACGUGCUCUAAACUAAAAAUGAUGGAAUAAAUGGCUUUUACAUACUGAUUUAAUAGUCACACAAACACAAAAAUAAAAAUAAAUAAAUAAAUAAAUAAAAAUAUUACAGUGGUAGCAAAGGGCCGCAAACACUUUUGUAAUUAUCAGGCCUAAACAGAAUUUAGGGUAAAGGUGUUAAAUAGAUGUAUUAGGUACGUAGUAUUUUUAUCUGUACAGUGGUGGCCAAAAAUAUUGGCAACCUUGGUAAAUAUGAGCAAAGAAUGCGGUGAAAAAACAAAUCUGCAUUGUUUAUCCUUUUGAUCUUUCAUAAAAAUAAAAAAUAUCUAACCUUUAAUUGAAGUAAAACAAUCGAAACAGGGGAAAUAUCUCAUUAUUAAAUAAAUAUUUUUCUCCAAAACAUGUUGGCCAUAAUUAUCGGCACCCUUUUAUUCAAUAAUUUUUGCAACCAACCUUUGCCAAGAUAACAGCUCUGAGUCUUCUCUUAUAAUGCCUAUUGAGGUUGGAGAACACCUGGCAAGGGACCUGAGACCAUUCCUCCAUACAGAAUCUCUCCAGAUCCUUCAAAUUAAGAGGUCCAUGUUGGUGGACUCUCCUCUUCAGUUCACCCCACAAAUUUUCUAUGGGGUUCAGGUCAGGGGACUGGGAUGGCCAUGGCAGAACCUUGAUUUUGUGGUCAGUGAAACAUUUUUGUGUUGAUUUUGAUGUUUGUUUUGGAUCAUUGUCCUGCUGGAAGAUCCAACCAGGGCCCAUUGUAAGCUUUCUAGCAGAGGCAGCCAGGUUUUGAUUUUUUAUCUGUUGGUAUGAGCCCAUGAUGCCAUGUAUCUGAACAAGAUGUCCAGGACCUCUGGCCGAAAAACAGCCCCACAACAUUAAAGAUCCAGCACCAUAUUUGACCGUGGGCAUUGGGUACUUCUUAUCUCUGUGUGCGCAAAACCCAUCUCUGGUGUUUGCUGCCAAAAAGCACUUUUUUUGUUUUAUCUGACCAUAGAUUCCAGUCCCGUUUGAAGGUCCAGUAGUGUCUGGCAAACUGAAGACGCUUGAGCUUGUUGUUGGAUGAGAGCAGAGGCUUUUUUUCUUGAAACCCUCCCAAACAACUUGUGGUGAUGUAGGUGAUGUCUGAUAUUUUGAGACUUUCUGAACCCAAGACUCAACUUAUUUUUGCAAUUCUCCAGCAGUGAUCCUUGGAGAUUCUUUGGCCACUUGAACCAUCCUCCUCACUGUGCGUGGAGACAAUAUAGACACACGUCCUUUUCCAGGCCCAUUCUUAAGAUCUCCAGUUGAUUGGAACUUUUUAAUUAUUGCCCUGAUGGUGGAAAUGGGCAUUUUCAAUGCUUUAGCUAUUUCUUUAUAGCCACUUCCCAUUUUGUAAAGCUCAACAAUCUUUUACUGCACAUCAGAACUAUAUUCUUUAGUCCCACUGUGAUUGAUGAUUAAGGGAAUUUGCUCUGUGUGUUACCUCACAUUUAUACCUUUGUGAAACAGGAAGUCAUGGCUGAACAAUUUAAUAUGCCUAGUCACCCAGGUGCACUAAAACAUGUAAAAUAUGAAUGGGAAUAUACUUCAGAUAUAUUUUACUCAUAAGAAUUUCUAGGGGUGCCAAUAAUUGUGGCCAACAUGGAGAAAAAUAUUUAUUUAAUAAUGAGAUAUUUCUCCUCUUUCAAUUGUUUUACUUCAAUUAAAGGUUAGAUUUUUGUGAAUUUUUUGAAUGAAAGAUCAAAAGGAUAAACAAUGCAGAUUUUUUUUCACAGCCUUCUUUGCUUAUAUUUACCAAGGGUGGCAAUAUUUUUGGCCACCACUGUAAAUGUAUGCUUGUUUGAAAAAAAAAAUAAUGUUAUGGGGUGGCAUUGAUAACAUAACUGACUCUUAGGAAACAGAAAUAAGUAACUGUUAGUAUUUGCAAUGUUGUAGAUAUAUAUUUGUACUUGAUGCUUUAUAUUGUAUUGUUUUGUAAUUUAUUUAGCAUUUUUACAAGAUUUUCUUGUAGUCAGGUAAAAGUUUUUCUGUAUAUUGCAGUUUUGUUUGUUCGUGAAUAAUAAAAGUCUGGCAAGGUAUCAUAACCACAGGCAUUUAAAGCCAACACAGAGAGAAUAAAGCACAUUCUUCAAACCAUGA